AUGGGUAAAAGAACCACCGUACAUCACUGCCCUGGCGCUUCAGGCUGGGUUGGUGACCAGAGUCCUGGUGGUUGCAGCAAAGCCAAAUUCGGUUCCCUGAAGAUCAACUACUGCAAGAAGCACGAGAUGCCAUGCCGCAACGGCUGCGAAAACAAGAAGCAUCUCAAAAAUCGAGACGGUUCAAGCUAA